AUGAGCUCACACGAGCAGGCUGCGACGCAGGAGAAGCCUGUUGAAGAAGAGAAGCCUGCUGAAGAAGAGAAGCCUGCUGAAGAAGAGAAGCUUGCUGAAGAAGAGAAGCCUGCUGAAGGAGAGAAGCCUGCAGAGACAGGGAAACCGCCUUCCCCUGGAGAGAUUCUGUCCGGAUUAAAGGAUCCUAAGAAGCCUAGAGUCAUAACUCCAGAGACUACGCCUACCUUGCCAGCCAAACCAGAGAAUCCCUUCGGCAGCCCGGCGUUGCAGACUCUAACUGCGGAAGAGUUUGCUAAAAUCAAGAGCUUCCGGCUCGAUCAAGUAACCUUUGCAGAAUGGUCUAUGGUCAUGGACACUAACCAUCUUCUCUAUGGCUACUGUCCCAUUUUGACUAAUAAUAACGAGCUCGCUCUGGCGUCACAGCCUGCAUUCCAACCGCCAGGAAGUGCUGGUCAAACGAAAUGGCCAUUCCCUACAAAUGCCGACAAAGUUCAGCUGACCGUUACAGAAGUAUCCUCCGUCGUUGAGGCUUCCGUAGUAAAGCAGGGUUUCUCUGCGUUGGAGGUGGAGUCAAAGCUUGGCGCAACCCUUGAUUUAUUCUCUGUUGGCGCCAAGGUUGACAUGACGAGCGAAAGCACGUCUUCCAAGGCCACCGCCACCAAGAGGGAGUCUCAUUGCGUGAUCGGCGAGUUUUGGGUCCCUUAUGCCGAGGUCAACCUGGACGUGAGCAAGCUGGAUCUCACAGCUGGCUGCAAAGAGUGGGUAGAGAGAAUCAUCUCAUCCAGAAACAUCCAAGACCUUAACGAGUUUUAUACACGAUACGGGCGGAUAUAUCCUCAGCAAGUCCUUCUCGGCGGCCGUUUGUCCACUCAGGCGACCAUAGAGUCUACGCAGACUGCUGAGAAACAAAAGCAGCUUGACACCUUUGCAGCGUCGCUGCAAACUACAAUUAACGUUCCCUUGGUUGUUCAAGGCUCGCUGUCGGUCACUGGAGAGCUCCAGAAUCGAAGCGAGCUGGCCGGUUCUCAGUCAGGAGUGAAAAAAGUCACUUCAUGGAAUAGCUAUGGAGGCGACGAUUUGCUUAUUACUGAUGCGAAUCAAUGGCGUCAUUCGCUGCGGGCUGUGCAAAAUUGGCGUCCUAUAAAGUAUGGAAACAUCGGCAAGAUUGAGUUAAUCAUUGGCCGCAUCGACAAGUAUAAGGCAUUUCCGACCAUUAUCGAGGAAUUGCUUCGGGUCGUGAACGCACCAGUCAUUCGCAACGUCCCCAUGUUAGCGUACUUUCCGCAGGAAUUGCCCACAGAUACGACACUCCAGCGUCCACUAGACCCGAUAUCUCUAUACCAGGGUCUGGAUUCCUGCGCCGGAGAGCUGAAGCCUUCCCCGUUUCAAGAAGCCAAGGAUCACAUCGAGCCAAACUAUUCGUUUCCGGCUGAGUACGACUGGAGAAUCGCGUCGGACAGCACCUCGCUCGCUGCCCUCUUCAGCGAUCUUCACGAGCUUCAUAGUGAAAGAUUCAACUUGGCCUUCGCGCCCCGUUACCUGUCGCACGUUCACGUUUCCGCCGAAGAGGGACAGUACGGAUUAUGCGUUGUUCUUCGUUGGGCUUCGAAAGGACUGCGGUUCUAUUUGCCAGAACCCGAGAAGGUCAAGCUCACAGAUGACGCCCUAAAGCUUCUUAAGGAAAAGAGAAGCGAGUUUGCACAGACAUACGGAGAUCACUACGUCGUAAACAUCGAGCGAAGGACAUGUGCCACAGUUGUAUGGCGGAUUUCCUUUGGUCAAUAUAAGGAAGAUCUGCAAAAUUUCCGAACAACGCUAUUGGAAAAGUUCGCGACCAGCCCCAGUCCUCAGGAGGGUGCCGAUAUAAUAAAGACAUGCCUCAAAGAAGCUCCCAACCCAGAAAGACGGGAUGCGCGAGCCUACCUUUAUUUCAGCUCUCCGGAUAGCAACUCACUCGUCUUGGACACCGACACCAAAAGCAUGAUACAAGCAAGUGACAAGCUAGCCAUACAAUUGACGAAAAAGGCCGAGAUUAUCACCCGGUUCCAGAUUUUCCCGUACAAGUUUGCCAUUCCCGCCACUCAGAGCCCUGUCUCCCCAAGUCAAGGGGGCUUCUUAUCCUGGGCAAAUGCACUUCAAAAUGUGUAUUACGCCAUGAAUAAUUCACGGAAGUUACCAAAGGCCGUGCCGGAGCGUGAGGAGUGGGAUAAACAGCUACAACUUUUUGAACAGCAGCUUCUCGGAAAUCAGAAAACUAUCCUGUCAGGACAGAAAGCGACAGCUGUCACUAUAACACAGGAAGUGAAGAAACUGCAGAACGCUAUUGAGACCAAGGUUCAAGAUGUCCACAAUGUUAUGGAGCCCCUCCAAAAAGCUUUGGAUGAUUGGGUAGCGCGGUCAAGAACGAAAGAGACCGAGUCCAUACUGGGAAUGGACAAGGUAAAAAUUUUCCAUCGAAUCGGCAUCCAAGUCCUGGGUAGCGAGAUGACCUGGCCUUGGAUUCACCGUGCAUGCACGGAGGGAUCGCGCCAAUUCGGUAUGCCAGCCCCUCCCGAUGGCCUUGAUGCAGCAACACGUACCCUACUCAUCAAUUUGAUCAAACAACCUCAAACCUCGCUACUCGGGGAAUACACCAACCAGUGGUUCGAUGGCAUGACGGAAACUGAAUUCUGUUGGCAAGUUGAACCCCCAGUCGCGGGUUACCGACUGGUUGCCUAUGAGAUCAUCAACGACUGGAGAAGCACCAGCAAUGGCAUCUUCUGGUUGGAUCCCCCCCUUAAUAAUGGCGGCCCGGGGGCGCCGCCCGAGCCUUUCCUAGAGCCAGAGCCAACUGUUGGGUCGACUAACAAUCUGUUUGUCUAUUUCCAAAGGGAGAAAAUGAAGAGCUACAAAGUUAGGGCGAAUACGUGGUGGGUUCCAACAAGAAUACAAGAGACGGAUCUUUUGUGA